AUGUCCUGCUCCAGCGUGUGUGCCCCUGUGUGUGGGGUGUCCACCCCGGCCCCGCUGGCUGACAGCUGCAAUGAGCCCUGUGUGCGGCAGUGCCCCGACUCCACCGUGCUGAUCCAGCCCCCGGCCACCGUGGUCACCUUGCCUGGGCCCAUCCUCAGCUCCUUCCCGCAGAGUGCCGUGGUCGGCUCAGCAGGAGUCCCCGCCGUUGGAGCAGGCUUGGGUGGCACCUUUGGCCGCGGUGCUGGCUUUGGUGGCUUUGGAGGCCUGGGAGGCUACGGAGGCUAUUAUGGCCUUGGGGGCUAUGGCCUGGGAGGCUAUGGUGGCUAUUAUGGCCUUGGGGGCUAUGGCCUGGGAGGCUAUGGAGGGUAUUAUGGCCUUGGCGGCUAUGGAGGCUUUGGCAGCUGCGGAUACGGUGGCUGGGGCCGAGGCUUCAGGUACCUCAGCGGUAGCUGUGGGCCCUGUUAA